CCAGAAAACUACACAGAAGCAGCAGAUGAUGUUACAGAGGAGUUAAUGCUGUGUGAUGAUGUGAAGAUGGAGACCUGCAGGGUUUUAGAUGAAGAAACUAAUGUGGAAGACGCUCCUGUGGACCAACAGGAUGAAGGAUUUCUGAUCAAGGUGGUGAAAAAGGAGGAAUGUGAAGAUGAAGAUCAUCUCUAUGGAGGAACAUCGAGCUGUUUGGAACACGUUCCCUUCAGAAAACCUUCAGAAAUCUUGGAGACGCUUGUAAAAGAAGAACCUAAAGAUGAAGAUUAUCUCUACUGUGAGGAGUGUCGGUCGUUCUUCAUCAACAAGUGUGAGCUUCAUGGUGCAGCUCUCUUCAUCCCUGAUAGCCCUGUACCCAUCGGGGUCUCUGACAGAGCCAGACAGACUCUUCCACCCGCUCUAGAGCUUCAGGAGUCUGAUAUUCCUAAUGCAGCUCUGGGGGUGUUUAAUAAGGGGGAGACGCUUCCAGUGGGGGCACAUUUCGGACCCUACCAGGGAGAACUGGUGUUCCGAGAGGAAGCCGUGAACAGUCGAUACUCCUGGGUGAUAUACAGAAGUGAUCAGUGUGAGGAGUUUAUAGAUGCAGAGAGAGAAACUCACGCUAACUGGAUGAGGUAUGUAAACUGUGCCGGUAACGAUGAAGAAAAUAAUCUGGUGGCGUUUCAGUAUCAGGGAGGAAUUUUCUACCGCUGCUGUCGACCCAUAAAAGCAGGACAGGAGCUCUUGGUGUGGUACGAUGAGACGUACGCUAAAGAUCUCAGUACAGCUUUCGAGCAGCUUUGGAAGAAAAAGUGCUCAGCAGAAGAAACCAGAGGAUUCUCCUGCUCCUUGUGUUCGUUGUCCUUUACAUCUCAGACUGAGCUCUCCCAGCACAUGAAGCAUUCUCACCACGAGGAACAGGAGGAGAAUCAGCAGCACUGUAUAAAACUGUAUCAGUGCUCACAGUGUGGGAAGAGUUUUAAUCAGAAGGCGAAUCUAAAAAAACACGAGCUGAUCCACACGGGGGAAAAGCCGUACCCCUGCGCUCAGUGUGGGAAGAACUUUACUCAGAAGGCGAAUCUCAAACAGCACCAGCUCAUUCACACGGGAGAGAAACCAUUUCAGUGCUCACAGUGUGGAAAAAAAUUUACUAAAAACGGUGCUCUGAAAAAACACCAGCACAUUCACACUGGAGAGAAGCCGUAUCAGUGCUCACAGUGUGGGAGGAGCUUCAGUAACAAAACUCACCUCAAACAACACCAGUACAUUCACACAGGAGAGAAACCGCACCAGUGCUCACAGUGUGGAAAGAGUUUUACUAGCAAGUGCACUUUUAAACGGCACCAGCGCAUUCACACUGGAGAGAAGCCGUAUCAGUGCUCGCAGUGUGAGACCAGAUUUACUGCCAAGAGUAGCCUUAAACAACACCAGCGCAUUCACACAGGGGAAAAGUUGUACUAUUGCUCUCAGUGUGGGAAGAGAUUCACACGACGGACUCAUCUGGAAUUACACCAGUACAUUCACACUGGCGAGAAACCGUACCAGUGCUCACAGUGUCUGAAAGGUUUUGCUAAGCUGAGUUACCUUCUGUUACACCAGCGCAUUCACACAGGAGAGAAACCGUAUCAGUGCUCACUGUGUAAACGAAAAUUUCUUUAUUUAAAAACACUGAAGUCUCACAUGCGCAAACAGAUCUGUCGACUAGUGAAACAAUAAUUUAUCAAAUCAAUACUCCAGUUUUCCCCUAUUUAACUGGGCUUCAGGACUAUGUUUAGAACACCGAGUUCCUUUUGUAGCUGUUUGGUGGUAGCAAAUAGAAGUGAAAUCACCCUGCUUGCCCUUAUCAACAUACUUGGGUAAAACUUAAGGAAGACUGUUUACAGACCUCUCUAAAUACUGCACUGCCAUGUGGACACCAGGAUCUCUCAUUAAAGCCUUUUUACUGAAUGAACUGUAAAGUCUUUAUACGAGUAACUGUAAAUGUUCAGUGUUGUUGGUCCCAUUCUGUGUUAACGUUGUGUUAUUAGACUCGGACCCUCUCAGUUUUAUGCAGUCUCAGCUCCUCGGUGCUCACAGGUCCGUCCCUCAGUCUCAGACUCUUUUAUUUAAUGCACAAUGUACAUUAUAAAUGUAACAUCAUUUGUUUAUAGUCUGAACAAACCAUAGUUACAUUAAUUAUGCAUGUAACAAAAAUAAAUUCUUAUUAACAUUA